CUGCCGUUGGGGGUUGUCCGAUUGGGACUGCAAGUGUCUGGCAGUGUGGGCUGGGGCCUUGUCAUUGAGGCAGAGUUGCUUCUGGGCCCCGAGGCAGCUGCCCCAUGCUUUGCUGAGCAGGUACAAUGCUUCCACGCUUCCUGCUGUUGCUGAGCCUCUUGGGCCCUAGCGACAGCCUCCAGUCGUGGGACAUCCAGGAGCAAGGAACCAAGGUAGCCUCAGGCCCUGUGCCUCUUCGGGAACGGAGACAAGCAACUGGAGAUGAUGAUUUGGGGGCGUAUUAUUAUUUCUCGGAAGGCACAGAACCCCCAGAAGUGCUGAUCAAUGUCACCAGUGCGGUGGCUGCAAACCCUGAGUCUCCGACCGUAAUGGCCAUGCCGGAGCAGAGAGUUUCUGUAGGGGCCGGAACCUCUGAGUCAACCACUGCCGAGGUUACCGCCACCAACCCUGCUGGUCCAGACGCAGGAGGACUGGCUGUUGAAAUAGUGAGUACAGAAUCAGCCACAGAGUGGAGGCCAAGCACAGUGGAAAUGACCAUCCAACCAGCAGCCACGGAGGCAGGGACCUCACAGCCAGUCCCCACGGAGGCAGAGACCUCACAGCCAGUCCCCACGGAGGCAGAGACCUCACAGCCAGCACCCACGGAGGCAGAGACAUCACAGUCAGCACCCAUAGAGGCAAAGACCUCACAGCCAGCACCCAUAGAGGCAGAGACCUCACAGCCAGCACCCACGGAAGCAGAGACCUCACAGCCAGCACCCAUAGAGGCAAGGACCUCACAGCCAGCACCCACAGAAGCAGAGACCUCACAGCCAGCACCCACGGAGGCAGAGACCUCCCAGCUUCCCGGGAGGCAGGUUGUAAAAAGUCUGUUCACAGAGGCCACAGCCACAAAAGCACCUUCUACAGAACCCACUGCCACAGAGACCAUGCCCACGGAGUCCACUGCCACGGAAACCAUGUCCACUGACUCUACCAUCUUCCUCGGCUCAUCUGUGACUCAUAAGGACAAUGACAUGGCAACUGGCCACUUGAAUGACAAUGGCUUGAAGAAUGGGCUGUUUGUGACUCCUAGGAGCUCCCUGGCCACAACGACCCCAGGGAUCUCGGACCUCAUCCCCGUGAAGCAAUGCCUGCUGGUCAUCCUCAUCUUAGCCUCUCUGGCCACCAUCUUCCUGGUGUGCACGGUGGUGCUGGCAGUCCGCCUUUCCCGUAAGAACCACAUGUACCCGGUGAGGAACUACUCCCCCACUGAGAUGAUCUGCAUCUCAUCCUUACUGCCUGAGGGGGGUGAAGGGGCCCCUGUCACAGCCAAUGGGGACUUGCCCAAGGUCCAGGACCCGAAGACAGAGCCCAGUGAGGACCGAGAUGGGGAUGACCUCACCCUGCGCAGCUUCCUCCCUUAGCCUCCCUGGCUACCUGAGCAAGCCAGGUACCCUUGCUGUACCUCCACCCACUGUUCGCCAAGGCCGCAGAGCUGGGCUUCCUGGGUGGACUUUAUCCAUAAGGAUCUUUAGGGAAGGGGCCUAGACCCACCCCCAGGGCCCAGAGCCUCCAAAGUCCUGCAUCUUCUGCUUUAUUCAUGGAAUCCAGUGGCCUCCAAGCCAAGGACCAUGGUAGCAGCUGCUGCUCCUAGACGCCUCUCUCUGACCUGUCUGCUGCUUUUUCUGUAGCCCCAGCCACAAUGCCUCCCAGUGCUGUGCAGCUUCCUGCAGGUCACUGAAGUCCUGGCUGCACGUUCCCAAGAAAGAACGAAUUCCCUUACCCCACUCCCAAACCUUCCCGUCAGUUGCCAUGGUUGCCUGAUAAGAAAGGAUCUCUGGGAAGGCUGCCCUCUGGCCAUGUCUGUUUCUCUACCCGCAGUGAGGGGCAGCUCUCAGCUUUCCCAGGCACCUGUCUGAGGAUCCCAGGACCAGGCUUGGGUCUUGUGAACCCCUGAGCUUUUGUCUGGUGACAGUGGCCUCCCACGAUGGCACAGCACAGGCACUCAAUAAAUGUGUAUGACAAAUGGUGGCUGAGUCCUUUGUGGGCCCAGGCUGCCACCUCCAGGCAGGGUUCCUGAAGGACUCGUAGGCCAAUCUCUGUCUUCCUCUCAGACAAUAGAGAUUUUUAGUGCUCAGGGGACAGCGCAAUGUAAAUAAUUGCACAUGCCUAUGCUCCCAGCACUAGAGAGCUGAGGGGCCGGAGGUCAAGGGCAUCCUUGACGUUGUAGCAAGCUUGAGAGCAGCCUGGGGUCCCUGAGACCCUGUCUCUGGCUGGCUCAGCAGGUAGGGGUGCUUGCAGCCACGCCUAGUGUCAUAAGCUUGACUGGGGCCUACAUGGUGGAAGGAGAAAACUGCUCCCCAGAAGUUGUCCUCGGACCUCCACACACAAUAAACAAACAAACCUGAGCAAAUAAACCAAUCAGAGAGCUUCAUUGAAUACACCCUUCCCAAGUUUGUCCACAUGAUCCUGCCCAGAAACCUCUCCCUCCACAGGGUACCCAUCCCCACUAAGGUCUUCUAGCGGAUCCUCACGCACUGGCAUAGCCCCUGCCAUCCAAGACCCUUUCCAGGCUGUCCCUUACCUCCCACGUAUCUCCACGGGCUGUUGCCAAGAGUUUGGGAUUAACCAAUUUCUUUUCAAGGCUAAGAUGGUGAGCAUUUCGACUGUGGGUACCACAACAUCUCUACUGCAGCUCCCUACAUCGGUUCUCUAAACCACAGUGUGUGGUGAUGAUGGUGUCAUGUGUGGUGAUGAUGGUGUCGUGUGCGGUGAUGAUGGUGUCGUGUGUGAUGAUGUCGUGUGUGGUGAUGAUGGUGUUGUGUGUGCUGAUGGUGUCGUGUGUGAUGAUGUCGUGUGUGGUGAUGAUGGUGUCGUGUGUGGUGAUGAUGGUGUCGUGUGUGGUGAUGAUGGUGUUGUGUGUGGUGAUGAUGAUGUGUGUGGUGAUGAUGGUGUUGUGUGUGGUGAUGAUGGUGUUGUGUGGUGAUGAUGAUGUGUGUGGUGAUGAUGGUGUUGUGUGUGGUGAUAAUGAUGUCACUGUGCUCUGUUAUAGGGAGUUGGCUCGGUAGGGAAACCACGUGUCUUACUAACGUGUGGGCCUGAAUUUAAUCCCCAGAACCCCCCACCACACACACACAAAAACCAGGUUUGGUGAUUCACACUGUGAACCCCAGGCUUGGGGCAGCAGAAACAGGUUGUUCUCUGAUCAGCUAGUCUGUCCCUCUUGAAAACUCCAGGCCAAUAAGAGAAAAUCUCAAAAGGAAGAGAGAUAGCUCCAGAAGAACAAGGGCUAAGACUGUCCUCUGGCCUCCAUGUGCACGUGCAUACGUGUACACACAUACACACACACUUACUCACAUACACACACCUACACACAACUACACACUCACACAUACACACAUAUACCUACACACACCUACACACUCACACACCUACACACAUAUAUCUACACACAUAUACACCUACACACUCACAUACCUACAAACCUACAUACUCACACAUACACACACCUACACACUUACACACACACCUACACACUUACACACACACCUACACACAUAUACACCUACACACACCUACACAACUCACACACACACAAACCUACAUACUCACACAUACACACACCUUCACACAUACCUACACACUCACAUACACACACCUAUACACAUAUACACCUACACACAUGCCUACACAGACAUAUACACCUACACAUACACUUAUACACACACCUUUACAAAGAGGCAGCAAGCCAACUUGGGUUCUGUAAGUUUGAGCCCUAAUUGCAGGGCAGGGUGACACAGGGUCACAAAUAGUUGCUGACUUUCUUGGCACUAGAGCCUACGUUCUGAAACCCCCCAACUCUAGCAAGUCAGGAGGGCUGCCCGUACGUGGGUCACAUGAAUGGUGGACAUGCCCUGCCUCACCCCAACCCCACAUGGACCCCCGAGCUCUCACUCUUGACCCACCCCCACGGCCUUUCUUCCAUUCGUUUCCAUAGACGAGAGACAGCUGUUGGGAACACAGCACCAGGGAGGAGGGAAAACACUGUCAGGGACGAAGAGACCUUGACCCACCUGCUCAGGAUGUGACCUGCAAUGCAAGAGGAGGCUGCAUCUUGGGAGAGAAGAAUAGGAAAGCCAUUAGGAGAGCCAUAAGGAAAGCAGGAAGGAACAUGGCAGGGGAUGGGCCCCUUGGGGACAGAGUAGGGACCCUGGAGAGAUGGCCCAGUAUCUGGAGGUGCUUCCCUCUGGGUUAGAAGAGGUCAGCUGGUGGGCUGGGCCGGUUGGGGUUCAUCUCCCCUGGGUCAAAAAGAGUAGGAAGGAGGAUUCACAGAUCCAGCGAGGACAGGACUUAAGCUACAGUUCCCUGGGGCCUUCCUGAGGAUGCUGUGUGAGAACGCAGCUGUGGUUUUCUUGCUUGGAAUGGGGUUCAUUCACCCUGGAUGGGAGGAACAGCCACCAGGGGACGCUGGCCACCUGCUUCUGGAGGGUGAUGGUGCGAUGAGGGGCUGGGCAGCCUGGGGUUUUGAGUGUGGAUACUUGCUGAACAGCUGAUUCUCAAAAUUUGAUACCUGGCCCUCGGGCAAACUCCAGGUGUCCCUUACACACACUGCCCCGCCCUGUCUCUGUAUGCCCCUGACUAUACAGAACCUGACUCAGCCAAGGCAUCCACUCGCGAACCCACACAUGUCUGCAGAACCUCCUGAACCCCUCAAACAGCCUUGCCAUUUCAUAGAGGAGGAAAUGAAGGCUCAGAGACGUGAACGUCCAGCUCCCAUCACACAGAGGAUGUGGGACUGGAACCCAGGCCCUGCAGCCAGGCUCUUAGCAUGACAUUGCUCUAUUCUCCAGACCACAGUGGGGUUCUGGGGGAAUCCUGUGCUCCAAAGUCUCACUCUGCUGACCUUCCUGUCAUCUGGAAGUCCCCCUUGUUAUCCCCUUGCUCCUUGGAGCAGAGGAAAGGUGACAGAGAAGAACUAGCCCCUCUCUGUAGAUAUCAGGAUGAUGCAGAGGGAGGCCCAGCACCAAGGUGGAAGGCCCUGCCCGCCUAACCUUUGUCUCUAUUGCCUCAUUUAGGUUCUGCAUAAUAGGGGUGCAGAAAUCACGGCGCUGCUGCGGGGAAGGGGGGAAGAGGGGCGGGACUGCAGCUUAGAAACCGAGAGCAAACAGGUUGCAUUUUGUCAAAGAGCCAGGAGAGGCAGGGAGAAGUCAGGCAGGGAGGAGAUUCAGGUCAGGCAGGAGGUGGUGGGCAGGUAGUUGGUAGGCUAAGUUUAUACCCAGUCCCCGCCUCCUCCCUGUGUCUGGCGCUGCCCUUACCCACCCAUCACAUGGGUGUUUCUCUUGACAGCAGAUCUGGGCAAGAGCUGCAAGAGCUCAGGCUUUUCCUGUCUGCCACGCGCACAAGUCACAGGGUGCCAGAGUGUGCGAGUGUGGGCACGGGUGUGUGUAUGAGGGAAGAGAACAAGGCAAAGGGGGGCAUCUAGAAGAGGAAGAGCUGUUGCAGGGGUAGAGGCGAUUGAGGAUAUGGGUGAAGGAGUGGUUGAGACACACCUAGGGAUGCUGGAAUUAGCAGCAACAGAAGGAAAAGCGAGCUAAGACCUCAGGGUUCCGACAUGGGCAGCCGUCCUGAAGAGGGGCUGUGGGUAAAGGGCUGGGAUGAGGAAGGGAGGGGUCCCUAGUGCGGUUUUAGCUUUGUGGGGUGCGAAGGCCCUUCAGGUGCUUCCCAAGACAAACGCUGUUUGACAUCAUCAGCUAUCAGGGGAAAGCUUAGGGAAACCCCAUGAGGGUCACAGCACAGCAAGGCUGAAAGUGAAAAGGACAGCAACAUGCAGCUGGUUGGGGAGAGGCCGAGGUGCAGCCUGGCUGGUAGAGUUAUUAUUCAUGGCAGCACCCAACUGCUGAUGAGGAUGGGGAGGGGUUGGGGCACUUGCCAUGGUUGAUGGGGUCCCAGAUGCUGCAUCUGCUUUGGAGACCAGUUGAACAGAUUCCCAUAUAUUUCACCACAGUCGCUGUGCACAAGGAUGCAAACACAUGCCGGUCUGAAGCCAUUCACAGGCUGGUAGCUGCCUUGGUCCGACAGCCAGGUUCAGCCCGUGAAGGGUAUGUCCACGCGGUGGGAUAGCACUCAGCAUAAACAAGAGCAGAUACCAGCAUGCCUACUCACUGAAUGGCAGAAGCCAGGCACAGAGGCUGUGUGUAGAGUGUGGAUUUGAAGGACAUAGUGUCCAGGAAGGGGCCGUAGAGACAGCUUGGCGGUUAAGAGCACCAGCUGCUCUUCCAGAGAGCCUGCGUUCCUUUCCCAAUACAUGGGAGCUCACAACCACUUGCAAUUCCAGCUCCAUGGGAUCCAACACCCUCUUCUGGUCUUCCUGAGCACUGCACGCAUACACAUAUGCCUAUACAGAAACAUAUCCAUCUGCAUGUGUAAUCUAAAAAAUCUAAAACCGAAAGACCCUACAGACCCCCUCCUCAAAACCCACAGCUAGCAUGCUCCCGGAGAACGUCCUGUUUGCUUGAAAGAUUCUCAGGAUCAGCAGCUAGCCUGCUCUCACGAGAACAUCCCAUUUGCUUAGGAAAGCAGGAUGUCUACGAGAUAGGAUGACUGCAAAACAGGAUAUCUACAAAGAUAAGAACAGGAUAUCUAUUGCCAGACAUCCAUGCUGGGAGAGGAAAACCAUUCAUGCCCCCCCCAUUCCGACCAACCGAUAACCAUGCUUCUGCUUCUGUAAACUUGCUUUUUGCUGCCCUCUUUCCUAUAAAAAGACCUCCCCCCAGUCGGCAGGCACAAGUCCUCCGAAAGACUUUGCCGCCAGCAGGUAACUGUGUUUACCCAA